AUGCCCUCAUUCCCAACCACCCCUCUGCUAUCGCCUCCCUCAUCGCGUUCACUCAGCCAAGGGCUACCCCUCCGAGCUCCUAAUGGCUCCUCUAUCAUUGUUUACGGUUACGACACCGGAUUGAAGGUUGUCUGGAGAGGAGGAAGACGUUUUGCAGAGUCGAAAGCACCAGCGCCUACCGAGAAGCCGAGGCGCGCAGAAAACAAUGUGGACGACUCAGUAAUGAUCAUUGAUUCUGAUGAGGAAGAGCCUGAACAACCAACACAAGUAGAGCCCAGCUACGAUUUCAGUCUGGAGGAGACCGAGGUCGAUCCUGCUGCUCCGUACGAAGAGAUUCUACGACAGAUUGAUAUUCCCCUUGGAAGCCGAGUUCUGGAUGUGGCGGUUCCUCAGGUCCUCCCCGAAGAAUUGCGCUCACCCCUUGACGCCUUCCCGCCUAUUUUGAGAAACACAAUUGUUGUAUCUGCAGUUUGCUCUGACUUUUCAACACGAGUUGUGACUUUGCCGCUUGCGCCUCCUCACCCUACACAGACCGACCCUGCGAGCUGGCGCAUUCGGAGUCUCACGGUCACUGGUGCCACUACUCAUCAAGAUACUCCCCGAGGAGUGUCUCUGACCUUCACCUGUCAGGAGAACGAGGAGGAAAGCCCACGCAAAUCGCGGGGCCGGUUCGGCAAUCAUGGAAAAUGGGAUCUCCUUGUGGCCACGCAUUCUGCAGAAGGGUCCGGCGCACUGUUGUUGCACCGGAUCCCAAUCCGAGAGGAUUCAUCGAGAUCAGCCUCCUAUCGCUUCCUGGAGGAAGACAUCGUUUCUCAGCGACGACUCCUGCCAGCACCUGCACAAACGAUCACCUUUAACCCUUCACCAUGGCCAUCCCCCCGCCAUUCGACCCUGCUUGUUGCAUUCCACAGCGGAUGUGUCAAGGUUUACUCUUGUUUCUCCGUGAAGAAGGCCUCUAAGACUGCGCGACGGGCAUCCAUUCCUCAGGAAGACUAUGAAACUACCGACAUGGAAGGUCGGUGGCUGAUUAGCCUGUACCCCGGCUUUGAGCAGGGUCCCAUUGGACUGCCCCGACGAAAGACAAUCAUUGAUGCUGAUUGGGUGCUGGGUGGUAGGGCCGUCAUGGUCCUUCUAGAGGAUGGCGAAUGGGGCGUCUGGGAUAUUGAAGGCGCUGGUCCUGGUGCUGCCAAGGGCCCGCUGCACCGCCAGACAAGCAUUCAAGGUGUCACCGGCGGCUCAUUGACUGCCUACGCAGUCAGUGGCCGUAUUGUGACGCCGCUUUCCAACAACCAGUCUGAAGCAGAGCAGCGAUCCCGAUUUGCGCCUAUGACACCAUCCACAAGACGUGUUCGUGAAGAUGGCCUGUUGAAGGGAUCGUCGACUGCAGCCAGCCCAUCCCACCGCGGCCAGAUCUCCGUUUUGCAAACCAACUCAACGCAGGAUGCACUCCCCGACGAAUCGAUUCUGCUCCGUCAUGGCCGCCAGAGUGCUGUCAUCCCAAGUCUGCUGUCUCUAUGGCGGAACGCCGUCCAAGCCAAGGGUACCUUCGAUGCCUCAAACCGCUGCCGAGUGUCUCCGUUCCAAGAUGUGAACCUGAUGGGCCAGAACUUCCAAGCGAUUGGCCAUCUACCAGCACCUGUCCGCCGUUCUCGCCAAGCACAGCGACAAGUCUUCGAUGUCCUCGUGGCAGCAGAGCACCAACUCAUGAUCCUCGCCCCGGCAUUGAUCGAAUCUGACGAACCGAGCCAACUUUCAGUGAAGCAGAUAGCAAGCCCAGAAACCGAUCAACUCAUGCUCCGACGUGGUGAAUUGGAUGUGGAAGGAAUGGGCCGACUAUUGAAUGGCAUGGCCAACGGAGCGGCGUCUCUGCGCAUGGGCAGCCCGAUCAAGCGGACUCGUGUUUUCGAUUGA